AUGAAAGGAAACAUGUCAUUUUUUGUAAGAGAAAACAAUGUUUCUAAAAGGAACAAGAAGUUUACAAGUAUCAAGCGCAAAACUGCUGAUAAAGACGAUGAGAUUGAUAGUGAAACAGAAGAGCUAAAUGGAAUUAAUAUGUCUUUUAAAGAUUACUCUGAUGAUGAAAACACAGAAACUCCAGAUGGAAAAAGGCUAAGACUUGCGAAGCAAUAUUUAGAAGAUAUCAAGAAAUCAGACGAUGAGCAUGAUGUAAGCAAAAAAUUGAAAUUUGAAUUUCUGGAUAGUAUUGGAAAAUUAAAGAAAAAUGUAGCUGACGAUAUCAUUGGGUACUAUAGUGAUAAAAUUAUAACAUUAAAACACAAACUACAAAGCCAGUCAGUAACCUCCAUAUGCCUAAAUUCAGAUGAAAAAAUUCUAUUUGCUGGAUGCAAGAAUGGGAAGGUUCUAAGAUGGAACAUUGAAACAAAACGUCAAACUGGACAUAUUUCAUUUGACUCUCACAUAAUGAAUAUUACAAUAUCCUCAGACAAUAAAUUUUUAGCUAUCUGCGAUAAAAGUCAUAAAAUAUUCAUUUAUGAUCCCAUCAGUUUAAAAAAACUUCACGUCUUUGAUGGACAACAUCGAGGAACAGUAACUGGUAUAUCAUUCAGAAAAGAUUCACAUCAAAUGUUUACAUGUUCCGAAGAUCGAACAAUUAAAGUUUUUUCGCUUGAUGAAAUGGUUUACGUUGAAACACUGUUUGGUCAUCAAAAUCCUGUAAUGUCAAUUGAUGCUUUAUAUAAGGAAAGAGUUUUAUCGGCUGGUGGCUGCGAUGGAACUGUUAGAAUAUGGAAAAUAGUUGAGGAAUCACAGCUAGUUUUUAACGGAGGUCAUAAGGGCAGUGUUGAUAUAGUAAGAUUUAUAAACGAAGAACACUUUCUUUCUUGUGGAGAUGAUGGAUCACUUUGUGUUUGGAAUGCAAGUAAAAAGCGACCUAUAAAUGAAUUCAAAUUAGCGCACGGCUCCAUAAAUGGAACAGCGAAUUGGAUUACAUCGAUCGCUACUUUGGUUAACACUGAUCUUAUAGCUUCCGGCUCAUACGAUGGCUUUAUUCGAAUUUGGAAGCUUAAUAAGAAUUAUCGUGAAAUUAUACUAAAAUUUGAAAUUCCAGUUUUUGGCUUUAUUAAUUCGUUGCAAUUUACAAAUAAUGGAAACCAUAUCAUAGCUGGCGUGGGACAAGAACAUAGAUUAGGCCGAUGGUGGUCACUUAAACAAGCCAAAAACAAAAUUUUGAUUAUACCUCUUCAAAAAAACAAAUAA